AGGAGCAGCAGCAGCAGUUUGUACCAGAUCGUGGGUUCGCGCAGCAGAACAUUAUGGAUCGACUCACGCUCUUACUGCUUAUAUUCCCUCUGGGAUUUCUCCUGCACGGCAGUUCGUGCCAGCAUUACUAUCUCCUGAGGCCCAUCCCCAGCGACAGUCUACCGCUGCUGGAGCUCAAAGAGGAUCCGAAUCCAGAAAUGGACCCGAAGGAGCGGGACCUAAACGAGACAGAGCUGAAGAGCAUCCUGGGGAACUUCGACAGCAACUUUCUUUCAGUGCACCCUCCGCCCGCGGAGGACAAGUUUAUCGCUAAUGACGAUCUGGAGGACUUUUUCUGGGAGGACGCGGACAACGUCCACAAGCCAGGCGGGGUUCUGCCCAAAGAGAUCCGGGCUCUUGCGUUCGACGUGCCGCUCGGCGGCAAUAAGCCCAAGAAGCCGAGUAAUAAGCUGAAGCGGCGACUGCAGCAGUGGCUCUGGGCGUACUCUUUCUGCCCGGUGAUUCACUCCUGGACUGGCCUCGGCAGCCGCUUCUGGCCGCGGUUCGUACGCGCGGGUUCGUGCCUCAGCAAGCGGUCGUGCUCGGUGCCGGAAGGAAUGGUGUGCAAGCCCGCGAAAUUUAGCCACCUGACGAUACUGAGGUGGAGGUGCACGUCGAGGAAACCCAAGUGCUCGUGGAUUCCAGUGCAGUACCCCAUCAUUACGGACUGUAAAUGUUCAUGUUCCACCUAAAAAAAUAUAUAUAUAUAAAAAGAAUAUUAUCAAUAACCUCACAACUUUCAAGUAUUGGUUCGGUGCACUGUAGCAGUGAUGGACACGGACAUUCAAGGUGCCCUUGUGAAAAGUGGACAUUCCAUCGAUGUACAAUGCGAGAAUCCGUGUGGCACAUCAAGUUUAUAUCAUCAUGUGGAUGUCAAAAAAAAAAAAAAAAAAAAAAAGAAUUCCUGCUUUAAGUUUCAACUCAAUGCAAAUUCAAUGGAAAACAACCAAUGAAAACCCAGAGUGGGCUAAAGAAGUUGCAGAUGUGGUACACAUUCAGGAUUUUGCACUUUGCCAGAACUUUAUGGACACGACUAGUACAACCAGUUCUGUUACCUAAUCAAUUUUUCUUUCUUUUUUUUUUUUUUUUUUUUUUCAAAUUAGUUGUGCUAGAUUGUCCCAUGUCGCUUUGGGUUUAGCUUCUUGGCCCAACCUGUACAAAUGGAUUUUGAACGUUCAGUGGUACAUUUUGGAUUUCAAGUUUCAACCAAAGACUGCAAUUGUGUUGGGGCCUGAAGACUGCUUGGGUUGGUAGGAGAAAAAAAAAAACGGAGUUAUUGCCCAGUGUUGUUGUUACCAUAUUUGGGGGUAAUUUUUUUUUUUUUGAUCUUCUCAAAGGCCAGUCAUUAAAACUGCUAUCAAAAGCCUUUGUCCAGCUUAUAAACUAUUUUUUUUUUGGUACUUACAUAUCUAUUUAUUUAUAUUAAAAUAUAUACUUCACCAUGCCUCUUUCUACAUAAGUGCAGUGUGGGUCACCUAAACGUACAAUCCUGUCAUUUUAAAAUAAAUUUAAAAAAAAUUGCCAUACAAAAGGGCCCUGACAUGGGUAUAUCCAUGCACUUCAGUGAGUUAAGGAUUGUAUUUUGUGUAUAUGCUUGGCAAUAUUGAUGUAUGUGUACAUAGUAUCUAAAAAAAACAAAAAAAAAAUGGCAGCGUGUCCUGUUUUUUUUUUUGUAGGAUACUGUAAAAUCAAAGUCGUUUUUAUACAUUUGAAUGAAACUUUUAGAGCAACGUGGCUGAGGAAUGACCUGUCUACUGUUUGUAUCUAUUGAACGAUGAUUA